ACUACUGCUCUGUUGUUCAGUACAAAAUUGAAGGGAACCACACCGACAAUAAAUGAUAGCCAGAUUCGUGACAAUUUGCUCAAAAAUAUCCCAAACCGUCUCUGACAACAAUCGAUAGCCGCGGUUUGUUUUCGAGGAAACCAUGUUAGCUCUGCAAGUUAGCUAGCUAACUCUCGAGCGUCUCGCCGCCUCUUCAUCUUCAUGGGUUUCUGCUGUUGAGUCUGCCAGGCUUGUGCUGAAGGCAGCGAGGCUAACUAAUUAAUGCCAUCAGCCAGGAGCUCAGGUCAUAUUAUGAGUGGGGCGAGCUGCAAAGCCAACGGCGCCGUGUAUCCCGCUUCAUCGGCGAUGAUGAACUCUGUGAAGAAGCCCAAGAUGGAGCAAAUUCAGGCCGACCGUGAGCUCUUCCUACAGGCCUUUGAAAAACCCACACAGAUAUACAGAUUUCUCCGCACAAGGAACUUGAUUGCACCUAUAUUUUUGCACAGGACGCUCACCUUCAUGUCUCACAGAAACAGUCGAUCAAAUGCCAGAAGGAAAACAUUCAAAGUUGAUGAUAUGUUGCAGACUGUGGAGAAGAUGAAGGGAGAGCAGGAUUCUCCAAGCUUGUCUUCACAUUUACAGUUAACCUUCACUGGGUUCUUCCAUAAGGAUGAAAAGCCAUCUCAGGUUUCAGAAAAUGAACAAAAUUCUGUGUCCUUGGAGGUGCUACUUGUCAAAGUCUGCCAUAAAAAACGCAAGGAUGUCAGCUGCCCGAUAAAGCAAGUGCCUACAGGUAAAAAGCAGGUGCCUUUGAAUCCUGACAGUAACCAAACCAAGUCUGGCUCCUACCCAUCUUUAUUGGUCUCCAGCAAUGAGUUUGAGCCCAGCAACAGCCACAUGGUGAAGUCCUAUUCGCUCCUGUUCAGGAUAUCACGUACAGGGAGGAGGGAUACGAAUGGCCUGGUGAAUGGGGAAGCCAAUGAAAACAUUGAUGUAACAGAUACUCCUAGUAGAAAGAAGAGAACUUCAUCCCAUAGAGAGGAGGGAGAGACCAUAGAGACAUAUGUUGCACAGAUGACUGUCUUUGAUAAGAAUAGAAGAUUGCAGCUGCUGGAUGGGGAGUAUGAGGUCUCAAUGCAAGGGAUGGAGGACAGUCCUGUGAGCAAGAAGCAGGCCACGUGGGAAACCAUUCUUGACGGAAAGAGACUGCCACCAUUUGAGACAUUUUCUCAGGGACCCACAUUGCAGUUCACACUGCGUUGGACAGGUGAUGCCAGCGGAAAGUCCACUGCCCCCGUUGCAAAACCCCUUGCUACCCGCAACUCUGACAGCUCCAGUCCCAUGGAGACUAGGACCAGCAACCACAGAGCUACCCUCAUGUCAGUGAAAGAGUCAGUGAGCACAGACAUUCAGACGAGGAAAGAGCAGGUCCCAUGUGAGCCGCGGCAGAAGCUACGUAUAUUUUAUCAGUUCCUGUACAACAAUAACACACGGCAGCAAACGGAAGCAAGAGAUGAUCUUCACUGUCCCUGGUGCACACUCAACUGCAGCAAACUCUACAGCCUCCUCAAACACCUCAAACUCUCCCACUCCCGCUUCAUCUUCAGCUAUGUGCCUGACCCCAAAGGAGCAAGGAUAGACGUGUCUAUCAACGAAUGCUAUGAUGGCUCGUAUGUUGGAAACCCUCAGGACAUCCACAGCCAACCAGGCUUCGCUUUCAGCCGCAACGGCCCGGUCAAGAGGACGGCUGUCACUCACAUACUGGUUUGCAGGCCUAAGAGGACCAAGCCAAGUCUGUCUGAGUUUUUGGAGUCUGAAGAUGGAGAGUUGGAACAGCAGAGGACCUAUGUCAGUGGACACAACCGCCUCUACUUUCACAGUGACAGCUGUAUGCCGCUGCGGCCCCAAGAGAUGGACGUGGACAGUGAGGAUGAGAGAGAUCCAGAUUGGCUUAGAGAGAAGACUGCGACGCAACUAGAUGAGUUCACGGACGUUAAUGAGGGAGAGAAGGAGGUGAUGAAGCUGUGGAAUCUUCAUGUGAUGAAGAAUGGUUUUAUAGCAGACAACCAGAUGAAUCAGGCCAUCAUGCUUUUCGUGGAGAACAGUGGUGCUUACAUCGCCCGCCGCAACCUCUGCCGCAACUUCCUCCUCCACCUAGUCAGCAUGCACGACUUCAACCUGGUGAACACGUCUACCAUCGACCGCGCCAUGGCCCGCCUGCGGCAGAUCCAAGAAGAGCUGCCGGACACUGAGGAGGAGCAGCUGGACCUGAGUUUGGUAUCAGCAGGAGCCUGCAACGGUAACGCCAUCACCUCCAGCGCAGUAAAGCUGGGCAAGAGGACAAAAAGCGCGCUAACGGACUGAUGCAGGCUGGACGGAUGGAUGAAACAAUGAUUGUCAUGUUUUUGUUAAAUUUUUGUUUUGUUUAUUUCUUCUACAAUGAACAUUACCAACCCUCUGGUGCUUAGUUAGGUGGAAGAACUGGUCGACAUCACAGUAACUAGUACAAAAAGCCUGUAAAGCUUGUGUUAGGGCCCCCAGAUUGACUGUGGGUUUUGCCGGUAGGUUGCUACGACAGUAGUGUUAUACUGUAAGCUUGGAUCCUGGACAACAGAUGAAAUUCAGAUUUUGGGUCCAGGUUAAAUUCCUACUUUAUAACCCCUAAGCCUUUUAGCCUCCAUUGAUAAAAGCUGAAGUGAAGCCAGGGAAAUUUACAUUUUCUGAGAUUUUUUUUCUUCUUUCCUAUGACUUACUGAAACAACCAGCAGCACAUCACCACAUGUGGUGUAGAGUGCGCAGCACUGAAGAUUUAAAAGUUAACAGUUUUCUGAUGAAACUGGGGACAAUACAAAGAACACGUGUUGAGAGUC